AUGGAUGGAAACAACAACACUACACCAAUAUCAUUUGGUAUUGGGGUGGCAAAUAAUGUUAACUCCUGCACUUGGUUCCUUAUGAGGUUGAAGGAUGCUAUCAGAGAGGGUAGGGAAGUUGCGUUCAUAACCAAUAUGGACGAUACAAUUUCUUCUUGUGUGGGUCAGGUAUUCCCUGAUGCUUAUGAUGGUUAUUCAUCUAAGAGUGUGUUGAUUUAUUUUCGCUUAAGAAUUGGUCAAAGCACAAAUUUAGACUACUUGUUCUUCCGUGUAUGCAAAGCAUAUACCACGCAAGAGUUUCAACAAUCAUUUUCUAAGUUAAGUCAUGCUGCACGUGAGGUUCUUGCCAACAUCGGAAAUACGAAAUGGGCACAUGCAUAUUUCCCUAAUAUACGUUGGAAUGUACUAAACAUUAAUAUUCCAGAAUUCCUAUUGGUGUUAUCGGUUACUCAAUGCAAUGUAUCAAUAAUAACGCUAAUUGAUGUAAUUGUUCAGUACAUCCAUCAGACGUUUGCAGAACGCAGUGUCAUGGGAGGGAUGUUGAGCACUGUAUUCACCCCUUACAUAGAGAUGGUCGUUCACAGGAGGAUGCAAAAGUCUUUACGAUGGAAAGCAACUAAAAUCCCACCUGAGAUUCCGUCUCCAUUCCCCUCAGAUAUUUCCAAGUUUUUGAUCUAA